AGAUGUGGCAAAGGGUUAUUUGCAGUAAAAUUUAGUAGAGCCCUCUGCCCCUCUCUUCUCUCUCCCUCUCCUCCCCCGAUCUCAUCUCUCUCUCUCCCCUCCGGUCUCCGCCGCCGGUAUCCGCCGCCGGAGCUACUUCUUCACUCUCCCCACACCCCAUUCUCCGACCCCAAUUCCCCUCAAUUUCAUCUCAUUCCUCGAUUCGAUCUUCGCAGCCCCUUCUUCUCGAUCGCUCUCUCCCUUUCCUCUCCUCCCACUUUUCCGGCGCCUCCUUGUUCUUCCCCGCCGAGUUAUAAUGUUACAUUGUUUCUCGGAAGAUUGAUACAUGGAAUCUGAAGACAAGAAAUUCGGCCGAGGACCAAGGGAAUUGACUGGUGCCGUGGAUCUAAUAAGUCACUACAAACUGUUACCUCACCAUGAGUUUUUCUGCAAGAAGUCACUUCCAUUAUCAAUUUCAGAUACACAUUAUCUUCAUAACGUGGUUGGAGACACAGAAAUUAGAAAAGGAGAAGGGAUGCAAUUGAAUCAACUCAUCCAGAAUACUUCUUACCCUAGAGAGACUAAUGCCCGCAUACAGCCAUUUGACCAAGAUAUUCUCAUAGAAGCCUUCCAACUGAGGGAAACUGGUCCUGUUGAUCUGCCUCCUGCCGAGAAAGGUGUUCCAACUAUUCCAGGGAAGUCAAAAAGUGAGUCCAAAGAUAAGGAAAGAAAGCAUAAGAAGCAUAAAGACAGGGAUAAGGAGAAGGAUAGAGAGCAUAAGAAGCACAAGCAUCGUCAUAAAGACCGAAGUAAGGAUAAAGACAAGGAUAAGAAGAGAGACAAAAGUGCCCAUCACGAAUCUGGUGCUGACCAUUCAAAGAAGCAUCAUGAAAAGAAAAGGAAGCAUGACGGAGAGGAUGAUAUUAAUGACAUUCAUAGGCACAAAAAAAGUAAGCAUAAGACCUCAAAAAUUGAAGAAAUGGGAGUGAUAAAGGUAGCGGGCUGACAUUGUGGAAUAAUCUAGGUCAUUUAUUUCCUCGUAUGGUUGUAGAAAGAUUGGUGGAAUUUUCACUUAAUGUUGUCAAAAAAUACUUGAGGGAAGCUAAAUCCUUCUCGGUUGGGACAUGCAGAAACUGCCCAUUAUAUAGUAUCUAUCUUCUCCAUUUGGUAUAAUGCAUGCCUUAGAGAUGAGUAGCUUCUGACGAGGGUGAGUUUACCAGUUUUAGGAUACGUGGAAGCAAAUGUAAAAAAAAAAAAACAAAAAAAAAUGGUGGAAAUGAACCUUUGUAUCAUAACAAUGGGUCUGAUAUAUAAAUAUGAGCGAUUUGCAGGACUGAUUGUUUUCCUCAGUUUUCUGUAUGGUGUUCAUUGGAUUGGAUACCUCCACAUGUAAUAUUAUAUUCUUCUUCUUUUCAUUUCGUAGACUCGUUUCGAGUUGUAGUCUGAAGUAGUAGCAUUUCUUCGUCUUCGGUAUUUCGAAGGAAGGUAGAAGGCCAGAAACUCUCUCCCUCUCUCACAUUCUCCCUCUCUCUCUUUCCCUGCCCUUUCCCAUCGUGUUUCUUUUACCGUCUUCUUUUCGAACUCUCGGGAUGUAUACAACUAAUCAGUCAGGAUAUGUAUUUUUUUUAAUGGUGAUAUCAAAGGGGCAUAUGUAUAGAAAAUGGACUUUGAUUAUUUA